AUGCAAAUCGUUUUUCUAAUAUGUAUGGCGGUGACUCUUUUUCUAGCGGAACAUGGGUUGGGAGUACCCUUUGAAACAACAACUGAUAGUGUUAAAUUCACAACUACAUAUAAGGAGAUAGAAAGGACAAUAUCGCAUGAGACGACACUCAAUCAAAACCAUAUUACUGAUGUCACACGAGACUUUGUGCUUCAAUCAAAGGGUGAAAGAAUAAGGAAUAAAAAGUGGCAAGUAUUAAAAAGGGAGGCUGGAUCUAGCGUGACAACAUUAUUUGUGGCUAGCUCCUUUCCAUCUUCAUCACUGACUUCAACAAAUCCAGUGGUAUCAACGACGAGCUUAAGCUAUAAUACUGGAAGUUAUGUCACAAGCCAUUUGGAAAAUCUGGUUCAUACAAAAACAAUAACUCGUGGAAUUGUUAUCGAAACUACAGCAAAUACAAAAAUCAGAGGGUCGUCAAUAAGCGUUUCGAUGGGUACAACUAGCUUGAGGCUAGCCAGUUCACUGGCUCAAGAAGCAUUACUAGAGAAAGUACAAAUAAAACCGACAUCUUACCCUCAUAUUAUUGGCAAGCUCGUAACUAAGAGGCAGUUAAACAAAAAUUACAAGGAAUAUCGCCACAAAGUCAUCGCAUCAAGGGAUAAUAGUUUCAGUGGUAACUUGCUCGAGCCCAUAGCAACAAAUGAGGUACCUAAGGUCUUCUCUAGAUAUGAAUUACCUGUAUCUAUUCCCAUGGGUGUUGCUGAAACCCCCAAAUUACAGACAAAUAAAUAUUAUGCUAAUCUCUUUUUGGGCAAUCAAAGUGACAUGAUUUGGUCUUACCCUUACGGAUUAUCAUUGUCUAAUAAAGACUAUUACGGCUUUGAACUACAGCAUUCCAUUCCACAGUACAGAUAUACUGGUACUGUCAAUACCAAUAACCCUACUGUAAAAUCUUAUUACGCUAAUCCAUUACAUACUGGAGAAUUGAUUUUUUCGGCAGAUUCUUUUACUUCGGAAUUAUUCAUGACUUUGAAUGAACUGAAUGCGAUGUCGGUUCUUGUCACUUUAUAUGAAGACCAACUGAAGAGGAAUAAUUUUAUAGAGAUACCCGUUGUACAGGGAAUGGGAUUUGUAACGUCAAUUUACCACGGAAAUUUGAUUCCCAAGAUACAUUCACGCGUUGGGAUAAAGGCUGUGGCAAAAUUGAUUUCUUCAACUUUGUCGCCAAAUACUACAAAAUAUAGAAUUACCCUUGUCAAUUCAGUUGAAUAUUUGGCAUACAUCACUGUUCCGAACAAUGAGAAUUUCGAAUUCACAGGACUUAGCUGGGAUACAAUCACAGGCUCAGGUGCAGUUGAUGGAUUGAUAAUUCAAUUUGCAGUGGCUCCUAGCUCUACAUACUAUGAUUCAUACUAUAAUCAAGCAGCCGGUUUAUAUACGACUCAUUCCGAUUUUUUUGCGUCUGCUAAAGAUGGAAAGUCCGCCGAGUAUGGGUUCACAUAUUCUCUGAAAGGCUCCUCAAAGUCAGGGAAACCAAUGAUAUUCACUCUUCCUCAUCACAUUUAUUCAUUUGACGAAGCAACAAAUUCAUCAUAUACUGGAAUCAUCAUUCCGUCAACAACAAAGGGGAAUAUGUAUGGCUAUCUCACCAGCGAAUUGAGAAUGAGAGAAGCGUUAGAUAGAAAUGUGCAAUUUUUACCCUGGUUGACACAAUUAAAAAAGAAACCAAUCUUUUAUUCACCCGAGCAAUUACGUUUGAUUGGAAAUGCAAUUAACAAAGAGUUGGCAAUUGAUAUCAAAGAAACCGUAACCUCUUUAAAUUCAACAUAUUUUGCAGGAAAGGCACUUGAUAAAUAUGCAUACAUACUAUUGGUGCUCAAUGAUAUAAUUGGUGAUAAGGAUCUUAUAAAAUCUACAUUAGAAACAUUGAAGGGUGUUAUAGCGGUCUAUGUGCAUAAUAGGCAACACUAUCCAUUAAUGUACGACACAAAAUUUGGAGGCUUGACAUCAACGGCAUAUCAAGAAGAAGGCUCAUUAGCUGAUUUUGGUUCAAGCUAUUAUAAUGACCAUCAUUUUCACUACGGAUACUUCGUGCAUGCAGCAGCGGUUAUUGGAUACGUCGAUAAUCAAUACGGUGGUAAUUGGGUUGAAAAGAAUAAAGAUUGGGUGAAUUCUUUGAUUAGAGAUGUUGCAAAUCCAUCAUCUAGAGAUACUUAUUUUCCAACUUUCAGGAUGUUUGAUUGGUUUCAUGGUCAUUCAUGGGCUAGUGGACUAUUCCCAUCACCAGAUGGUAAAAAUGAAGAAUCGUCAUCUGAGGAUUAUAACUUCUCCUAUGGUAUGAAACUAUGGGGCAAGGUAUCAGGUGACGAGAGAAUGGAGCUUAGAGGGGAUUUAAUGUUGGCGGUAAUGAGCAGAUCAAUGAAUAUCUAUUUUCUUUACGCGUCAAACAACACCAUAGAACCAAGCUAUUUUAUUGGUAAUAAAGUUGCUGGGAUUUUACAUGAUAACAAAAUAAAUUACGACACAUAUUUUGGUCACCCAGAUUAUAGGCCCGAAUAUGUUCAUGGAAUACACAUGUUACCCAUUACUCCCGCUUCUUCUUUGAUCAGAAGACUGUUCUUCGUGAAAGAAGAAUGGGAAAACCAGAUUAAGUACUGGGUUGACGAAGUGCAGAGUAACUGGGCAGGAAUUCUUCGAUUGAACGAGGCUCUUUUCAAUCCAUCGGGUGCAUAUGAGUUCUUCUCAUCUCUGAAUUUUAAAACCAAAUAUCUUGAUGAUGGACAAAGUUUAACAUGGUGCCUAGCAUAUACAGCAGCACUCUCAAAUGCAGAAGAAUCAAAAAUGUUGCAUCUACCAUAA